AUGCAUAAUGGUAAAUAUGUAUUAUGGAUAACAACAUAUAAACUAAAAAUAAAAACAAUUUCACUAUAAAGUAAAUAAAAGUUCAUUAUUUAGUUAUAAUUGAUUAAGAUGUAAGUAAAGUUGGAUAAUAUUGCAUAAAAACUUUCAUGAGAUCUAAUAAUAAUCAAGUAGUUGUUAAAUUUAUUUCAAUUUUGACAAAAAAUAGGUUAAUUAGAAAAUUUACCAUGAUUGGGAAAGAAAAAAGAAAAAGAAAUUUUGUUUAGUUUUCACUAAAAAUUUAAAGAAAAAGAAAAGAGAUAUGGACAAAGGGAUAUAUAUAUAGCCGUAUUAGGAGAAACUAAAAAAUGGAUUAAAUGAUCUGUGCAUGGAGUAUAUCAACUUAGAUAAUUUUUAGAGGAUGUGGAACAGCUCAAUCAAAAUACAGUUUGA